AUGAAAAUCCAUCCACACCACCAGAUCUCGUUAACUUGCUCGCAGCCGCAGCCCCAAGAAGCCAUGGAGAAAACAUGCUCACUACUUGUCCAUUUUGACAAAGGGACACCUGCACUUGCAAACGAGAUCAAAGAGGCUCUUGAAGGCAAUGAUGAUGCUGCAAAGAUUGAUGCCAUGAAAAAAGCAGUCAUGCUUUUGCUAAAUGGGGAAACACUCCCACAACUUUUCAUCACAAUUGUUCGAUAUGUUCUUCCUUCUGAAGACCACACUGUUCAAAAGCUACUCCUUCUUUAUCUAGAAAUCAUCGACAAAACAGAUUCAAAAGGAAAGAUCUUACCUGAAAUGAUCUUAAUUUGCCAAAACUUAAGAAACAAUCUCCAACAUCCCAAUGAAUACAUCCGUGGGGUCACUCUAAGGUUUCUUUGUCGCCUCAAUGAGACAGAAAUUAUCGAGCCCUUAAUCCCAUCUAUUCUAGCUAAUCUAGAACACAGGCAUCCAUUCAUAAGAAGAAAUGCUAUACUUGCUGUAAUGGCUAUUUACAAGCUUCCACAAGGGGAUCAGCUUUUAGUUGAUGCUCCAGAAAUGAUUGAAAAAGUCCUCUCAACAGAAGCAGAUCAAUCAGCCAAAAGGAACGCGUUUCUUAUGCUGUUCACAUGUGCUCAAGAACGUGCAGUAAAUUACCUUUUAACCCAUGUGGAAAGAGUAGCUGAAUGGGGUGAAUUGCUUCAAAUGGUGGUGUUGGAGUUGAUACGUAAAGUCUGCAGAGCUAACAAGGGCGAAAAGGGAAAAUACAUCAAGAUUAUCAUAUCUUUAUUAACUGUUCCUUCUGCUGCAGUUAUCUACGAAUGUGCAGGGACAUUAGUGUCAUUAUCCUCUGCCCCUACUGCUAUUCGUGCAGCUGCUAAUACCUAUUGUCAACUCCUCCAAUCUCAAAGUGACAACAAUGUGAAACUCAUUGUUCUUGAUCGAUUAAACGAAUUGAAAUCUUCUCAUCGUGAGAUCAUGGUUGAAAUGAUAAUGGAUGUUCUUAGAGCACUUUCAAGCCCUAAUCAUGACAUUCGAAGAAAAACCCUAGAUAUUGUUCUUGAUUUGAUCACUCCACGUAACAUCAAUGAAGUUGUUCUCACUUUAAAGAAAGAAGUUGUCAAAACCCAAAGUGGAGAAUUGGAAAAAGAUGGAGAAUAUCGCCAGAUGUUAAUCCAAGCUAUUCAUUCAUGUGCUAUAAAGUUUCCAGAAGUUGCAUCCACAGUUGUGCAUCUGUUAAUGGAUUUCUUGGGUGAUAGUAAUGUUGCUUCAGCAAUGGAUGUAGCUGUUUUUGUAAGAGAAAUAAUCGAAACAAAUCCAAAAUUAAGAGUUUCAAUUAUCACAAGGCUGUUGGAUACUUUCUAUCAGAUAAGAUCUGCACGUGUUUGUUCUUGUGCUCUUUGGAUCAUAAGUGAAUACUGUCUUUCAUUAUCAGAAGUUGAAAGUGGGAUUUCAACUAUAAAACAAUGCCUUGGAGAGCUUCCGUUUUAUUCAGCUUCUGAGGAAGGAGAAAACAACGAUUCUUCAAAGAAAAGUCAACAAGUCAACUCAAUCACCGUUUCCUCCAAAAGGCCAGCUAUUCUUGCUGAUGGGACUUAUGCAACUCAAAGUGCAGCUUCUGAAACUGCUUUUUCACCUCCAACUGUUGUUCAAGGGACUUUGACUUCUGGGAAUUUAAGGUCACUUCUGUUGACUGGUGAUUUUUUUCUUGGAGCUGUUGUGGCAUGUACUUUGACUAAACUUGUGUUGCGAUUGGCUGAGGUUCAACCUUUGAAGAGUGAAGUGAAUAGGGCUUCAACUCAAGUUUUGUUGAUUGUUGUGUCAAUGAUUCAACUUGGGCAAUCUUCAUUUUUGCCACAUCCUAUUGAUAAUGAUUCUUAUGAUAGGAUUGUUGUUUGUAUAAGGUUGUUGUGUAAUCCAGGUGAAGAGAUUAAGAAAAUAUGGCUGCAGUCAUGUCGUGAAAGUUUUGUUCAAAUGCUUGCUGAUAAACAGAUGAGGGAAACUGAGGAAUUGAAAGCUAAGGCUCAGGUGUCACAUGCACAACCUGAUGAUUUGAUUGAUUUUUAUCAUCUGAAGAGCAGGAAGGGAAUGAGCCAACUGGAAUUAGAGGAUGAGGUUCAAGAUGAUCUAAAACGUGCAACAGGAGAAUUCAUCAAAGAAGGAGAUGCUGCAAACAAACUCAACCGAAUCCUCCAACUCACUGGAUUCAGUGAUCCAGUUUAUGCUGAAGCAUAUGUCACUGUUAACCACUAUGACAUUGUCCUUGAUGUAACUGUCAUCAACAGAACCAAAGAAACCCUUCAGAACCUCUGUCUAGAAUUGGCAACAAUGGGCGACCUUAAACUCGUGGAACGCCCCCAAAAUUACACCCUCGCCCCUGAGUCCAGCAAGCAGAUCAAAGCAAACAUUAAAGUGUCGUCAACUGAGACCGGGGUUAUUUUCGGAAACAUCGUUUACGAAACUUCAAAUGUCAUGGAACGCACUGUUAUUGUUCUCAAUGAUAUUCAUAUUGAUAUUAUGGAUUAUAUUUCUCCUGCUGUUUGUAGUGAUGCUGCUUUUAGAACAAUGUGGGCUGAGUUUGAGUGGGAAAACAAGGUUGCUGUGAACACUGUGAUUCAAGAUGAGAAAGAAUUUCUCGAUCAUAUUAUUAAAUCCACAAACAUGAAGUGCCUCACUGCUCCGUCUGCACUGGAAGGCGAUUGUGGGUUUCUGGCUGCUAACUUGUACGCGAAAAGUGUGUUUGGGGAGGACGCUUUGGUAAAUUUGAGCAUUGAGAAGCAAGGAGAUGGGAAACUAAGUGGAUAUAUUCAAGGGAGGCGCAUAAUUGCUUGGAUGUUACAUAGAAGAAUACAGGAGAAGAAUAAGGGAAGGUUUUUGGAAUUGGAGUUUGUUUAAAUGAGGUGAUUGCUAGUUGUUGUGCUUCGGAUCAUUGCAGUUGUAGAUUCCCCCGUUAUUGGUUACAAAUUUUAUCACUUCCUUUAAUUUGGUUAUAUGCUUUUACUAUUACUAUUAUUAUACAAUUUUUUGUUUGAUGUAAGAAAUUUAUAUACUCAUAUAUAAUUAGUUGUUUGUGCACU